AUGCGAGCUAUGUUCUGGGACAACUCUGUCAAGAAAGAUUUCUCACGCGAGUCUGGCGAGCGUCUUCUAGCAGAAGAAGAGGGAACUCUUUGGAGCGGUGGUGAUGAACCAUCUUCGGAUACUUGCAGAGCCUUGGCUAUCAUCUUACUCCAGAUCUGUGUUCUUGGAUUCCUCUUUCUUGUUGGAUGCGUAUUUGGUUUCUACUGGCGUGGAGACUUGAAUAGCCUCUGCAGUCGACAUGUAUCCCAAUACUCUACUGUGAUGAGAGAAGUUGGAAUUGAGUAUAAUCUGCAGGAAUUCAAUGGAUCCCUCUUGAAUGAGAAUAUCUUUAGACAGGAUGCUGGCCCAGAGGUUGAUGCUGCAUGGGAGUCUCUAGGUGUCAACUAUCGAGGUGUCAGAGUGCCAGCAGAAGAUGCCGAACAGUCUGGUCUUGCUUCUGACCAAGUCAAGAUCAAGGAGAAGUAUGGGGGAGGGUUCCCAGCAAACGUGGAAGGCUUGCAUCACCUUCAUUGCCUGAAUCUUCUUCGUCAAUCCCUUUACUACAACUAUGACUACUAUCACGAAAAAGGCGAGGGACCGUUUAUCAACAACGACUAUAUUGUCCGUCGUCACGUUUCCCAUUGCCUUGACAUCCUUCGCCAAGAACUUAUGUGCACAGUUGACAGUGGAGUCCUGGGCCAGAUAUGGAUUUACCCCGAGAACCCCGAGCCCUAUGUCGGUUUCAACACCCAACACCGAUGCAAAAACUUUGAUGCGGUUCGUCACUGGGCCGAGGCAAAUCAGUUGCCCGAAGACCCGCCAUCGGAUUUCCUUGAGCCACCAGCCGAAGGAGAUCGAAUCUAUGCCAAGAUGCCAUGA